AAUCUGCAAAAAAAAAAAAAAACAACAAUCCAUCCUCAAUGCAUUUCAUCCCACCCAGAGAAUACUUUUGAAUUUAAUCAUUAAAGGCGAUUCAAUCUUUUGAAGAGUGUAAAAAUAGUGAUUUUUCGGCAGUGAAGUAAGAUGAGUGAUUACUUACAGUGUUAAACAAGUUGGAAAUUACUGCACUGGAUGAAAUGACAUAUCACAAUGCCUUGCGUAGCGCAAGGUGUUUGACUCCUGUGAUCCAACAUACGGUAUCCCGUUCCUAACCCGUCACUGGCCUGCUCCAUGCCCCGAAGCGGUUAAUUUCAAUACUAAUAAUGGUCCUUUAACAACAUGCAUCCUUUUCCCGGUGUGUUUAACAACUGUUAUUGAACGGUGGCGCAGCGAGCAGUGAUGUGUGUCGUCCCAAAGCACCCGGGACGGAGCGGGAGGCCGUGGGUUUCAUCCCUGCUCUGUCUGCGUGGAGUUUGUGCAAGUUUUUCCCCCUGUUUGCGUUGGUUUCCUCCCACGGACCGAAGAGUUGCGUUUCAAGUGAACCAGUGACUCGAAAGGCCCCUCGGCGUGUGUGUUGCGCCGCUGCGCAGAUGAGCCGUUCAUUGCGGCACCUUCAGUGGAAAGGUGUCAAAGAGUUCACCGUAAGCUGCUUUGGAGAAACGUGUCUACUGCAUGAAUAAAUGCCGCGCGCUCCUCGUGCUCACGUGGCGCGAGGACGCCUCGCCGCUCGAGAUGGAACCUUCGGAAGUUCCAGCGCGCGGCGCGGUCACGCGCGUAGCACUCGUCAGCGACGGUUCAGCGCGGACUUUUCGAGAAGACGACGCAAGAGACGACGCCUCGAGGUCCCGGCGGUGUGUCCAUGGAGCUGGACGCGGCGCUCCUCUUCCUCCCCAUCAACAUGAAGAACUUCCCCGCCAAACUGUGGCGCCUCGUCAACGACCCGCACACGGACUCGGUGCGCUGGGACCAGCAGGGCGAGGGCAUCCUCAUCGACCGGGCGCUCUUCGAGGCCGAGGUGCUGUCGGCGGUCCGGGAGCCGGCGGCGGACGGCGGCAACGCCGCGAGCGGCGACCUCUUCAAAACCAACAACUUCACGAGCUUCAUCCGCCAGCUUAACCUGUACGGCUUCAGGAAGGGAGGCGGCCGCCAGGAUGAUGAGCCCGACAGCCCGGCCGAGCUCCACUUCCAGAACCCGUAUUUCAAACGGGACAAGCCGGAGCUGCUGGCCCACCUGAGGCGCAUGACGCGAAGCAACCGGGCCAAGUUGCAGGCGGGCCUGGAGGUCAGCUGUAGGCGGCCGAGCCGGUGGCAACUGCAGUUCUCGGCGCCGCCCUGCAGGGGGCACGCGGGUCACAGGCUUGCUGGCCAUAUCCAUGACGGAUCCCAUGGCAGCAUGUUGUCUCCAGAUCAGUGCCACAGUGAACAGGAAAUGAGGGGUUAUGAUCGUACUGUGAUGCCACAGUGUAGCUGGAUUGUGGAGCCCUCCGACACAUCGGCUCCUUGUACCGUCUCCCCCACCCUGGGCGCACAGCAGUUGCCUUCUGAUUCUCCUCAUCUUGGCUAUAGGCAAAAGCACCGCAUCGCGCCCCACCAUUUACAGUACCCCCCUGGUUUUUAUGCCUCAGCAAUGUGUCAGUGCUGUUUUCAGCCGGUAGUGAACGCAAGAAGAGUUCACCAAACUUCAUCCGCAUUUUCCCAUUACAGCUAUAAUCAGACAAACUAUCCAGGGAGCUGGGUACAUCCAGAAAACCAAGAAUGGCCCAGCAGUGACAGUGAGCUGGCUAAGAAGGAGGAUGUUAACCUGGAUACGGUCUUCCAAAUAGCUGAUAACCUUCAGGUGUCUCCCAUUGUAUGUAUGGCAAAAGUGCAGGCCACCGAGAUGCCAGUCUCAUUCUUCGACUUGAGCCCAUCAUCUUCUGGUCAGCUCAACUCCACUGAGCCUGCUGGAUCGAAUGCUUUGCCCAUUCUUAUGGAUUCCAUGAAGGCAUCCCCCCGUGGCCUUGUCCCAGCGGGUGGGAUGAGUGUUGCUGUGCUAAAUGACAUUUCACCAGACGGUGCGUUUGCCAUCAUUCAUCCUGACAGCCUUCAACAAGCUAACUACAGUGGAAACCAAGACCGCACUUCCAAUGAUUCACCUGCUUUGGAUUUUUCACGUGCCAAGCAACACAAGGGAUCCUUUGACUUUCCUUGGAGAAACAUUACAGGCCAAUGUUACCCUGAGCUAGCCAGUAAUACCUUCAACAAUGUCUGCUCUUUCCCUUUCCAUGCCAUGGAUCAGGACCUGAGGUGUCUGUCGGUUUGAAACUUGGAUGGUGAAAAAGAACAGCAUUGCUCCUUAUGUAUUUUCAAGAAAACCUUGGGACAAAUCUGCUUCCUUAAGUAAAAUACAAAUCAACACAAAAGACCAAAACUAACAAUGCGAGUUGCUAAAUUUAACACUUGGUGCCUUAUGAAUUUACAGCUGCAAUUCAUCAGGUUUUAAUCUCUUUCAAAAGCAAAAUGGCAGUUUUUACAGUCAUUUUAAAAUAACUUUUUAUCCAGUCUAGUGCUAGUACUAAUUUUAAAUUCCAUUUUACAACUAAUAUAUGCACAAUUUUCAAUUCUUGCUGUCAUUAACACCAGCUGUGACUAGACACAGAUAUAUGAUGAAGGCACUGAAACCUCUGUAGUCUUGCUUGCAAUGUUUGUGCAGCAAGUAUGUCUGUUGCAAAGUACAAGUGCAGAAAUUUCCAUUUAGUUCACUUUGCUGGCUCAAAAAUACUUAUCCUAAUAAAUGGCAGCAUUGGAAUUCCAAUUAUUGUAUAUUUUUGAACACCAAGUACUGCCUUCUCUGCUGUUUAAGAUCUCUAGCCACCACAGUAAUCUCAUAGAAAUGGUAGCUGUGAUUUUAAACCAGAAAAUGUUGUUACUUUUCCUGCUACUGUGAUUUGCUUUUAAGCAUAUAGCUUUUUAUAUUGUGUGAUUGUAUGCUGACUGUUUGGAAAAAAAGCCUCUUGCAUUUGUCACAGCUUUACUAAUAUUUGUGUUUUUCUAAUAUUAAUUAUUUAAGGACACAAUUUUAAAGUGUACUUGUUCUUAGCAUUUAUAUUUAUAGUUGUUUGUUACCAUUUUUGUAAUAUUAAACCGUUGCUACUUGCCCUCCAAGAAAUCCUGUAACCUGGUGUGAUUCAAAAAUGUUUGUUUGACAUUUAAAAUAAUUGCUUUAAUUAAAAGAUGC